AUGGCUGCCGCAGACACUCAAGCACCGCCUGCUCUUCCCGACUAUGUCACUGACCCAGAUGCGGUUCUCAAAGACACAAACGUGAACUGGCGUUAUGGACGGGCUCCGGACUAUUCGCAGACGAGGAAGGUGUUUGCCGAGACCAAGACCAUGAACCACGAAGCACUUUCCCUUCCUCAGCUUGUUGAAAAUCUCGUGAAGAACUGGGAAGUCGAGGCCUCCUUUAAGCCAACGCUGUCCGACUGGCGAACGAUCGACCACGACAAAUACACCUUUGCUAUCAACGGGUCUGAGCCGCAGGAUGCGUACUACAUGUUGAAACAGGGGACAUACAACGCUAUCAUUGCACCAAACGAGUACUACUCGUCCGAAUACUCGGACUUCGCCAGUAGCCACAAGACUUUCAAGAGGAUGAUGCCCACCUUCGCAUGGGAAGUUACAGAGUUGUACAGCGGUCCGCCAACGGUGUCGUUUAGGUGGCGUCAUUGGGGUGUGAUGAAGAACGACUAUGUAGGAUUUAACAAUAAGGGCGAGAAGAUAUCAGUAAAGGCCCACGGCGGCGCGAUCGACAUUCAGGGCGUCACUGUCGCCACCGUCAACGACAAACUCCAACUCCAGAGCGUGCGUACCUGGUUCGACCCAUUGGACAUGUUCCGGCAAAUCGCAUCCGGCGGCGUGGUCAAAAAAGAAGCGGUGGACAAGAACCUCUCUCCAGGUGAUGCCCUGGACAGCGACUCGAAGGCUGAGAUUGACCAGACGCCGCUACCAACGGAGACAGCGCUUCCCGACCGUUCUGCUGCCGGUGAUGCGCAGAAGCUGAUGGAGACUGCUGGAUGCCCCUUUGCUGGACACGAUGGAAAGAAGGCGGUGGCUCCUUAUGACCCCACCAUGGCUACCUCUUCUUCUGGCGACAGUGGCGGGCAGAGCAAGCUUGAGCACCCCAACGCUCCGCUGAGCGAUGCGACCAUGGAGACUUUGAAGUCGGGCAAACAGGAAGAUGCAGAGCGGGACCCCUAUGUCGAGCUCUUGGAGAACCUUGACGGGUGA